AUGGACGCCAAUGACAAGAAGGACCGGCGCACCGGCCACGUCAAGUCGGCGUUGUUCAGGCUCCCCGGAGAGGUUCGCAACAAGAUCUACGAGGAGACCUUUGCUGGCUCUGAGAUCGCUCUCGUCAUUGACCCUCCCGUCGACGUCCAGGUCGUCCCCGUCGGCGGCCGACGCAGCAUCUUCACUGCCGGAAUCGCCCAGCACCAAUUCCUCCUCACCUGUGUCCAGGCAUACCUCGAGGCUAUCGUCAUCUACUGGUCCCAGACCAUUGUUCGCAAUGGCUGCGACGGCCACUUCAGCCGCGGCUACUUCCUGAACCGCAUCCCCGACAUCGCGAAGCGCCACAUCCAGCACCUCCGAGACGUCCCCAUCGAGACCAACCCCAACCUUAGAAAGCUCCGAGGAGAGUGGGUUAGAGACCCUCUGUCUUUCGCCGCGGCCUUGGACCCCUUCACGAAUCUUAAGACCCUCUCGAUCAGAGACCGGAAGGGCCAACUCAACCGAUGGUACUGCGUUGGCAUGAUGGAAGAGGCCAAAGCCAAGCGCCCCAAGGCCCAAUUUUUCACCAAACACGCCGAACCUCAGCUGGACGAGCAGGGUCACUGGUUGUACUAUCAUGGUCUUUUGGCAUACGUGGUGACUUAUAGAAACUACACCACCGGCUCUUCAUGCACCUUGAGUCUGAUGAGGGGGCUGCAGGGGACAGACAUCUUCGAUGAGAUGACUUUCGAGAAGAUCGUAGAUCACAACUUUGCCGACGCAAAGGACGGUGGUGACUAG